AUGCCUGAGGAACAGAAGGCCCUGAAACUACAGGAUGUCUGGCGUACUUGUAAUAAAAUACGUGCUGCAAUAUUUCGUUUGGGUCUUAGUCUUUGGGAUUAUUAUAAACCUCUAGAUCCUGACAAUAAUAGCUUGAUCUCAGAAACGAAAUUCGUAUCAAUUUUGAAUGGUCCAUUGAAGGAAACUAUUGGCUUAUCUAAUAAAGAAAUAUGCGAUCUUGCUGAUUAUUUUCGUGUUCAAGAUGGACGGAUUCUUUACAGACAAUUUUGCGAGGUCAUUCAUGAUAGCGUUCCUGAUUUUAGUAAGAACAAACCACUCGUAACUGGAUUAGAAUGGGAAGAUCCACUUCAUGUGAAUGUCUUAAGUGCUACCGAACUUCGAAAAUUAUGUUUAAUUAUCACUCAAAUUGCUGUUCUGAUAAACAAGCGUAAACUCGUAUUGAGGCCAUAUUUUCAAGAUUACGAAUUAAUAGCAAAGAAUGUGGGUACCGUUACUUACGCUCACUUCGGCCGAGUACUCAAAUUUCUCGGCAUUGUUCUUGGCUCAGAAGAAUUCUGUUUGUUGGUAAAAAGAUUUGCGAAAGAUGCCUAUACGAUUAAUUAUAUUGCUUUCGUAAAAGCCAUCGAUGAGGCACAGGAAUACAUGGAGAAACACGGGAUGUUAGAUCUCGCUGGAAAAUUACUUGAUCAAUUUCCUGGCCGUGUGAUUACCGCAGAAUUGCCAAAACUUCCGAGGCCAGAAAUUGGUAAAGUCGAUCCAUCUCGUGUUUUUGGAAAGCAAAUAGUAUUUCAUCCUGUGAUGAAGCAACAAAAAGAACAGAUGUCCUUAAUGGAAGUUAUUCGACGAAUUCAAAGACACAUUUUUGAGCAUCGAAUUCGUAUUUGCGAGUUUUUUAAGGAUUUUGAUCCUUUGAAUGAUGGUAGAAUAACAGUAUCACAAUUUAGAAGAGGAUUAGAUGCUCUUCAAGUUUCAUCUUUAGGACGUCUUUACAUAGCUGAAACAAAUAUUUAUGCUUUAAUUACUUUUUAUAAAGAUCCUAAUGAUCCCGAUCGUGUUUGCUGGAAAACAUUCGAGGAUGAUAUAAAUCAAGUGUUUACCGUUAAGGAGUUAGAAAAAUUGCCAACAUUAAAAGUAGUAUCACCACCGAAAGAAAUAGAGGAACUUGGUAAAAGAGGUGCCACUGAUUGGCAAUGUGAAAAGAAAAGCAUUAGAGAAUUAUGCGAAGAUACAUUGCAAAAGGUUCGACAUAGGGUCGAAGAACGGCGAAUUCUAUUGAAACAAUUUUUUAAAAAUUAUGAUAAGAAUAAUCUCGGUCACGUAACUCGUGCUCAAAUGAGACAAGUUUUAACAACCGCAACGGUGCUUCUAUCGUCCGAAGAAGAAUUUGCCCUUGAACAAAGAUACAACGAUGAUUUAGGUUUCGAUUAUUACCGAUUUUUAAUGGAAUUAGAAGCUAAACCUAUAACAGCACCUCUUUAUGAUCGAAUACUGGAAGAAAAGAAAAAAAUUAAUGCUGAAAUUAAAGUAUUAUCAUCUGGCACCGAAGAUGAAACGAACAUCGUCCUUGUAUUGGCCAAGAUUAAGGCCAAGGUUGUACGCGAGAGAAUCAAGGUAUCCGAAUUUCUCAAGCAAUAUGACAUACAUAAUGAAUUGGCUAUAACAAUGGUGGAUUUUAUUCGUGGCUUGGAUCAACUUCGUUGUAAUUUGAGCACCACUGAGGUCGAUACUAUCGUCAAGAUCUUCAAGUCCCCUAUGAAGCCAGGUUUCGUCGAUUACGCCAGGUUUGCUGAAUGCGUGGAAGAAGCAGUAACUAUGGGUAGUUUAGAACGAGCACCUUUACUCGUACCUGUACAACAUAUUCCUUCAGAAGCUAGCAGCAGGACAUUCCUUAAUUUCGAGGAAAGACAUAUGUUAAGUCAGGUGAUGGAUAAGUUGUGUGUCGUUCGACAGCCCAAUUUGGAAGAACUCUUUGCAGAUUUCGAUAAAGAAAAUGUAGGCACGGUAUCGAAGAAUUGUCUGAUGCGGGCUUUAUCGAUUAGACGAAUGUUAGAUUUGAUAAACAGUCGAGAAUUUGAUGUCCUUUACAAAUGUUUUUCCAUCGAAAGAGCUGGUCAUCUUGAAUUUGAUUAUCGUGGAUUUUUACGAGCUUUACGUUUGUUAAAAGAAAAUAAAACGGCUUUACCAUUUUAA